AUGCUGAAGAAGGUGCUCAUCGGUUCUAGCAGCCUGGGUAUAAUAUCGGUUGGAAGUAUAUAUUUGUUGAAGAUAAAUUUUCAUAAAAAUAUGAUUGAUAAGGAUGUAGUGUACAAAUACAGCACGAUUGCAAAUAGAAAUGAAAUGGUAAAUAGAUUAAAAAACAAUCAUUUUGAUAUAUUAAUAAUUGGAGGUGGUGCAACAGGAGGAGGGUUAGCUUUGGAUUGUGCUACAAGAGGGAUCAAGUGUGCAUUAGUAGAGAAGGAUGAUUUUUCAAGUGGCACUUCAUCCAAAUCAACAAAAUUAUUACAUGGAGGUAUAAGAUAUUUAGAAAAUGCAGUAAAAAAUUUUGAUUUAUCUGAAUUAUAUUUCGUAUGGGAAGCAUUAGGUGAAAGAGCACAUACAAUGAAGAUUGCACCAUUUAUGUCUAGACCAGUACCAAUAGUUAUGCCUAUAUAUAAAUUAUGGCAAGUUCCAUAUUUUGCAUAUAACAUAAAAAUAUAUGAUUUGUUAGCUGACUUAGUGUGUUACUUUGAUAAAGUUGUACCCAAUUCUAGAUAUAUACAGAAAGUAAAUACAAUGGAACAUUUCCCUUUAUUAAAAAAAGAAAAUUUAAAAGGAUCUCUGUUAUAUUAUGAUGGUCAACAUAAUGACAGUAGAAUGAAUAUAAAUUUAGUACUAACUAGUGCAAUGGAUGAAUAUGUACCUGGACAAAUUGGAGCUACGAUAUGUAAUCAUAUGGAAGUAAUAGGUUUUAUAAAACAUGAACAAAGUCAGAAAAUUAUAGGUGUUAAGGUAUUAGAUAAAAUUAAUAAUAAAGAAAUGGAGAUAUAUGCAAAAAUUAUAAUUAAUGCUACAGGUCCAUAUGGUGAUGUUGUUCGAAAAAUAGCUAAUGAAAAUAGAAAGCCAAUGAUACAAUUAUCAGUUGGAUGCCAUUUUAUAUUACCUAAAUGGUAUUCUUCAAAAAAUAAUGGAUUUAUUAUACCUAAAACAAGUGAUGAUAGAGUCCUUUUCAUUUUACCCUGGGAACAUUCUACUCUUGUUGGAACAACAGAUGAACACAGAAAACUUGAAGAUAAUCCAAAAAUUCAAAAAAAAGAUAUAGACUUUUUGGCAAAGGAAUUAUCAAAAUAUAUUGAACUCAGUGAAGAGGAAAUAAGAAAUGAUAUAAAGGCUGCCUGGUGCGGUUUCAGACCCCUGGUCAGGGAAGCCAAAAAGGGGGUGGCGUCUAGUGCUACGAGUGAUACGGGUAGUACUAACGCGAGUUCGUCCACCUUAACCACUACCACUACUUCUGGUGAUAACAAAGGGAUAAUGAAAAGUGAGUUAGUAGGAGGAAAGCUUGAAGGGGUGAGCGAAGAAGAAUUGCAGAACAAGCAUAACGUCGAAACGCAUGAGAUUUCGAGAAGCCAUGAAAUUAUUGAAGACGAUAAUGGAUUGAUAAGUAUAUUAGGAGGGAAAUGGACCAUAUAUAGAAAAAUGGCACAAGAUACCAUUGAUUAUGUAGUAGCUAAACAUAAGGAUAAAAUAAAAACAAAAUAUAACUGCAGAACGAAAUUUUUAAUGCUUAUUGGUAGUCAUGAUAGUAAUGGUAAUAUAAAACUCGAUGAUUUAACUUACGGUUGUAGUAAAUUAAGUAAGAAUCUUGUUCAAAAAUAUGAACAACUUGAUUAUGAAACAGCGAAUCAUCUAGUCUCAAAUUAUGGCUACUUAUCAGAAAAAGUGUGUGAAAUAGCUAAAGAGUUAAAUCUUUUUACCAAAAUUGAUUCUACCAAACCAUAUAUAGAAGCAGAAAUUGUUUAUGCUACUAGGUAUGAGUUCGCUAGUACCAUUUCUGAUAUUAUUGGAAGGAGACUGAGGUUAGGAUUUAUUGACACCCAAGUGUCAAAUCAGGCUAUUAAAAGAAUUGCAAAAUUGUUAAAGAAUGAACUUAAAUGGUCCGAUGACCAGAUGAACAAGAAUAUUGAUGAAGCUGAGAAGUACAUUAGUUCCUUAUCCCUCAACUGA